CUGCCAUCCAGGGUCCGGAGCAAAGGCGGAGGGGGGGGGGUUGCUUCCCAGGUUUCGGCAAAACGCAGCGAUCGGCCCGAGACGGGUGCUGGUGCCAGAAGAAAAGAAUGAUUGAUGGCAAACAGACUGUAAAUACCCAUCAUUUUGGUCCGUCAGCUGAUUCAUCUGUUUGGCAGACUGUUCCUCAUGAGCCGGAAAAAAAGAGGAUUGGUCAGGAUUAUUGACGGUACAGCUGAGGCCUGGCAACACUGCUGAAUUAUACCUGGUUUUGGACAUUAUUUGCAUAAGUGAUUAAAAGUCCUGAAACACCUGGGAAUGUAAGCAUCCUUCACUUGGCUUUGAACGACGUAUAAUAAAUAAUAUGCUUGGCUUCCACCAAAGUUUCCAAAAUUAAAAACACAGUUAUUGUAACUUAAGCUCUUCUCUCCUUUGGAACAUAUUUUGCAAUAAAGUUGCCUCUCUCUAUGUAUAUUUAUGUAUAAUAAAGACUGCACUUAGUUCCAUAUUGGUGAUUGCUGUCAAGGCACUCGAAAGGAUAUAGAGAUGUAUUUGUCAAGAUUCCUGUCUCUCCAUGCCCUAUGGGUUACUGUGUCUUCAGUAAUGCAACAUUAUCCUUCAGUUUGGGGACAUUAUGAUGUGUGCAAGACACAGAUUUAUAUGGAUGAAGACAAGAUUUGGGAUUAUACAGCCUGUCAGCCUGAAGCCAUAGAUAUGAUGAAACACGUAAAAGUAAACCUGGAUCCACCUAAUAUAACAUGUGGAAAUCCACCGGAGACCUUCUGCGGAAUGGGGAAUCCCUACAUGUGCAAUGAGUGUGACGCAACCAUUGACGAACUGGCACAUCCACCCGAACUGAUGUUUGAUGCCGAAGGAAGGCAUCCCUAUACCUUUUGGCAAUCGACCACUUGGAAAGGUUACCCAAAGCCUCUCCAAGUGAACAUUACCCUAUAUUGGAACAAAACCAUCGAACUCACAGACAACAUAGUCAUCACCUUUGAAUCCGGCCGCCCAGACCUAAUGAUCCUGGAGAAGUCCCUCGACUAUGGUCGGACGUGGCAACCAUACCAAUAUUAUGCUACAGAUUGUCUAAAUGAUUUUAACAUGGAACCAAAAACAGUGAGGGAUUUAUCUCAACAGACAGUCCUAGAAAUCAUUUGCACAGAAGAAUAUUCCACGGGGUACAUGGCCAACAGUAAGAUCCUCCACUUUGAGAUUAAGGAUAGAUUUGCAUUUUUUGCUGGGCCUCGGCUUCAUAAUAUGGCUUCUCUCUAUGGGCAGCUCGAUACAACCAAGAACCUAAGAGAUUUCUUUACUGUCACAGACUUGAGGAUAAGACUGCUCAGGCCAGCAACUGGGGAAUUAUAUGUGGAUCCGCAGCACUUGACACGCCACUUUUAUGCAAUCUCUGACAUAAAAGUAGUUGGAAGGUGCAAGUGUAAUCUUCAUGCCACUGGUUGCAAAAUUGAAAAUAAAAAAUUAUUAUGCGAGUGUGAACACAAUACCACAGGCCCAGAUUGUGGGAAAUGUAAGAAGAAUUAUCAGGGACGUCCUUGGAGUCCAGGUUCCUAUCUACCCAUUCCUAAGGGCACUGCAAAUAUCUGUAUGCCCAGUAUUUCCAGCAUUGGUAACUGUGAAUGCUUCGGCCACUCCAACCGGUGCAGUUACAUCGAUCUUCUCAGUACAUUCAUUUGUGUGAGCUGUAAACACAACACUAGAGGGUACCACUGUCAGUUGUGCAGGCUGGGCUACUACAGAAAUGCUUCUGCAAAGCUGGACGAUGAAAAUGUAUGCAUAGAAUGUAAUUGUAACCGUUUGGGCUCAGUCCAUGAUCGCUGUAAUGGAAAAGGAAUUUGUGAGUGUAAGCAGGGAACAACAGGGCCUAAGUGUGAUAAGUGUCUGCGGGGAUAUAACUGGCACAACCAGGGUUGUCAAUCAAACAUAUGUGACAAUGAACUUCAAAUUUGCCAGAAUGGAGGGACAUGCCACAACAAUAUACGCUGCCAGUGUCCGGAAGGCUAUACUGGUGUACUGUGUGAGAAGCGGAGUUGUGAUGUGGAUCCAGAUGGCUGCAGCGAAAGUUCAGGCCAAGGGGCAAUAUCAAUACAAAUCCUGCUACUUCUACUACCACCAAUUGCUCCAUUGGGAUUGAGUGGGCUUUUUAUAUUUUAAGCUACGCAGCUUGGGAGACAUCGGCUUCAGACUGCUUUGAGAGGAAGGUGUCCAGAAAAGAAAGAAAGAAAGAAAGAACCAGAUGCAAAUAAGAAUUUUCAAAAUAAGGGGGGGGAAAUUAUACAAUUUUCACACAUAUAUAGACUAAAGAAAAGGCCUGACUUGAACUAAGCCAUAUAUAUACCUUGUGGACAGCCUGAUCCAACCAAGACUGUUACUUCUUGGCUCAAGCUUAAGUGAGGCAGCUGCCAAUACUACUACAACUACUCAACACAGCAACAGCUGCUCCGGGCACUUACACAGGUUCAAAAAGGCUUGGGUAGCCACCCCCACCCAAUGGAAAUCCAAGACAGAAAUGACAAAAAAAAAAGCCACAAAAAAAUCCUUGCUCUUUCAAACUGGUGCGCCACCGUACCUCUUCCCAGUGUGUGGACCAACCAAAUAGAGGCAUUCUUUGCUGUCAGUGCAUUGUGGGUAUAAGGAAAUCUGUUUCAAAGCUGCCAUAUUGGCCUGCUUCAGCCCCUUAAUUCCUCUUUCCAACUGUGCUUUAGUGAACGUUGCUCUGUAACCUUUUGUUGGUUGAACGAUCUCUUUGUCUGAUGUUAGUAAUGCACAUGUGUACCAGCCCCAACUCAAUAAAUCUCAAGCCGGUCAUAUCCUUGUAUAUCUUAGAAGCACUGUGCCCUGUUGACGCAGUGCUCCCCUAUUGUACAAGAGUGGCAGUAGGACAAAAAGAAAGUAUAUUUAUCCUUUUGUAAUCAAAUGAAGUUAUUUUUCUUGACUAACGUAAAGCGUAGAUUUUUUGUAUUAUUGCCAAUUUGUGUUAACAAUUGAGUAAUGUACUUUAAUCCUAAUCAGAUGGGGGGGGAAGGGAAGAGAUGAUUUUUAAUUUGUUCUUUUUUUUCUUCCUUUUUUUUAAACUUCAUUUAAUUGUGCAGAGAUUUCUCUGUAUGGGCAACGUGCUGGCAUCAAAGAAUAUCAGUUUACAUAUUAUAUCAAGUGUAAUAAGAUACCACCAAAGGACAUU